AUCUGUAUGGGGCAGAGGAAGAGCUCAUUGCUGCCCAAGUGAUGGGGAGAUCUAGGCUGGGGUUCCCUGGAUUACUGCUUAUCAACCCUGGCUGGGAGGUGCCCUUCUGCCCUUGCAUUGCCCUGCACCAGCCCACCUGGAUUACUGCCUGCUGCUGAGAUUUCAAUUCUAUUUGCACAUUUACCCCUGAGAUUAGCCAACGUACCUUGCCAACAUGUUAAGGAGGGUUCUGCUGAGCUUCUUUAUGGUGAUUCUUAUAGACAGAGGGACCUCACAGCUGUACUCCAGCGACAUGUGCAAUUGGAAAGGAAGCGGCUUGACCCAUGAGGGCCACACGAAAGAUGUUGAGCAAGUUUACCUCCGCUGCUCCGAAGGUUCUGUUGAGUGGCUCUACCCAACUGGCGCCAUGGUUAUUAACCUGAGGCCUAACACCUUAACGUCCGCCUACAAACACCUAACAGUUUGCAUCAAACCUUUUAAAGACUCCAAGGGAGCUAAUAUUUAUUCCGAAAAAACUGGAGAACUCAAACUUGUGGUGCCAGAUGGAGAGAACAAUCCACACAAAGUCUAUUGCUUUGGCCUGGAUCGAGGGGGUCUGUAUAUUGAGGCCACCCCCCAGCAAGACAUUAGUCGCAAAAUCACUGGUUUCCAGUAUGAACUGAUCAGCCAGAGGACUCUCUCGGAUUUGCACACAGUUUCUGAUCCCUGCCGCCCCUGCAGUGAUACAGAAGUCCUGCUAGCUGUCUGUAUUAGUGAUUUCGUUGUGAAAGGGACAAUCAGCGCUGUGACCAAUGAUGAGGAGUUGCAGGAAUCUCUGAUCAACGUCACGGUGGAUAAACUGUACAGGCAGAAGAGUAAAAUCUUCCUUCCCAGAGACAAUGGGGGAUGGGAGGGAAUGAUACAGACUCCUCUGGAAUGUGGGGUUAAGACGGGAAUGGGCAGCUUCUUGUUCACGGGACGCAUGCACUUUGGGGAGCCCAGAUUGGGCUGCACGCCCCGGUAUAAGGACUUUAAAAGGAUAUACCUAGAAGCGAAAAAGCAAGGGUUAAACCCAUGUGAAAUCAGCACGGACUGAAGAAUGUCGCCAUCAUCCAGACAUAUUUUCAGUGACCUGCGGACGUUGGGCAGAUUUCCCAAUCCCAACAAAGAUCCUCUGAAGUAGCUGCCACGGUUCUGUGGAGUCUACACGGGCCUUCCUUAAUUGUGGGGGGACCCAGUGUAAAAUGGACUUUGUAGGAUUGGCCGAGAUCCUAUAGACAUUAAGCUGAUGUUGGUCUUGCACUCAUAACGAAGGGCUGCAGGUUAGGCACCUGUUAGUGUCACCAUCUUGCACUACUUUUUCCAUCAUGCCCUACUAUCCCUUCCACUAUUCCAACCUACAACUGAAGGGUUUGGGGCUCACAGCAGUCCCUACAUUUGUCCCCCGCCCAAAGCAGCUCUGGCUACACAGUACGUUGUGACACUAAUGAAAUGCUGGAGGUACGACUCAAGCCUGACACAGAACCAGAAUGGACUGAAGUCUUCUCUUUGGAUUAUUAAGUUAUUAAGAGGCUUUUCCAGUGAUGGGAACCCAGUGCCUUGUGACUGAUCAAUACUAAUGCUCGGAGAGAAAAGCGGAUUUUACCUAUGAACGAUACAGGGUUGCCAGUUCUCUAGAACAAAGGAGGGCAGAUUGUUCAGAAUACAGUUGCUUUGUAAAAAGCUUGAUGUACAGUUUCUCAAAUUGUUUCUUAUGAAAGAAAUGAAAAGACGCUAAAAAAUUUUUAUUGUUUUUUUUUGUUUUGUUUUGUUUUCCCCCUCCCAAAAAAUGUACAUUUGUAGUCUGGCAUUUUACGCAGACUUUUGAAUCAUUUCUGUUCCAGAGAAAUAAAACAUUUGCUGGAAAAGAC